AUGUCUUUGAACGGCUACGUCGAGAAGAAGGUCACCGUGAUCACCGCGGAUGGACGCACCAUUGUCGGAACUCUUAGUGGCUACGACCAAUCUACGAACUUGGUCUUGAAUUCUGCCAUUGAGCGUGUGAUUCGUCCUGCCGAUGACGAUGAGCCCUCCGCCGAGGUCCCUUUGGGUCUCUAUGUUGUUCGCGGCGACAAUGUGUGUGUAGUGGGGCUGGUGGAUGAGGAGAUUGACAACAGUAUCGACUGGACGGCGGUAAAAGGGGCGCCGAUUGGAGGAAUCAAGCACGUCUAA